AUGGGGGCGGUUUUUAACGUUCUUGGAUGGCUCAUGUUAAUCGUGCUGUGCGUUUUGCGGAGAAGCGAGGCCAUAUGGUUGAAUUUACCGGCGACUGGGACCAAGUGCGUGUGGGAAGAAAUCCAGAAUAGCGUCUUCGUUUUGGCCGAUUACGUUGUCAUUUCUGAUGACCACGUACACCCCACCCCUACUAUUUCCACCAAGGCAUUUGACUUGUUCACUCUGAGGGGAAAAGAAGAAAAAGUAUCUGGCCUUAAAAAUAACUAUUUGAUCAUCGAAAAUCUAAAAGCUGAGAUGCGAACCGUGAGUGAAGCAACAAAUGCUCAGGUGGCAUGGUUCUCCUCGGGAAUCUGCAUUGUGGUUUCAAUUGCCCAGAUUUCAUACUUGAAGCAGUACUUCCAUAAGAAGAAGCUAAUUUAG